GCCCACUCGUGAGGUGAACGCUCCUACGGAACAGCCUUUCUAAGACCCUUGGAUUGACCGAACAGACCCAUCCUCCCUCCAGUAUUCUACAUUCAACGCCUUAAGAAGAACAGUAAUUCUCAUCCAUGGCUAUACAGAGAAAGGAGCCAGAUCAGAAUGGAUGAAGGAACUGAAAGACCAGCUUCUCACAACGGAAAACCUAAACGUGUUCAUUGUGGACUGGGGAGCUGGGGCAAGGAAUCUAUACGGCCAGUCAGUGCAAAACAUUCGCGUUGUUGGUCGUGUUAUAGCCAGAUUUAUGCAGUUUUUGAACACCCAAACUGGAGCAAAUUUCGCCCGUAUGCAUCUCAUUGGCCACAGUCUCGGGGCGCACAUCGCUGGCUAUGCAGGAGCUUUCCAACCAGGAAUCGGUAGAAUCACAGGUCUUGAUGCUGCUGGACCGAAUUUUUCCGGCAAUGAUCCGGCUUGUCGUCUGGAUCCUACCGACGCCAUUUUUGUUGACGCAAUUCACACCGAUGCUGAAGUGCUAGGACUUGGAAUCGUUCAACCGGUUGGUCACAUGGAUUUCUAUCCAAAUGGCGGGAAAGAGCAGCCUGGAUGUCCUGCUACCGUCGGGGAUGUUAUACUGGACCCGAUGGAGGUCAGUUGUAGCCACAGCCGUGUUCUCCAGCUAUUCACUGACAGUUUGAACUCAAGUCAGUGCCAGUUUAUUAGCUACCCUUGUCGCAGUUGGGACGACUUCGUGGAUGGCAAGUGUAAUGAUUGUGGUCUUAUGGGCUGUCCUAGGAUGGGAUACUGGGCUGAUUUGUCGCUGGCAAGUGGAAGUUUUUAUCUGCGAACAGGUCAAGGGUCGCCGUUUUGCAAAGUUUAGUUUGGCUAGAAUGAAUCUCAAGUUUCCUGAUAAAGGUUUCACAUAGGUUGUAUCCUAUGUACUUUUUUAUUUCUUGAUAUUUUUAUAACGCGACUUUUUAUAAUGUUCUCAGCCUUUACGCAUUCUAACUCAGUGUCUAGUCAGCUUAUCUAAUAAUGGUAUUUUAUACAUCCCUGGACUUUUAUUCUGUACAAGCAAUGAAUCAACGAUGUCGUCAAUCAUGUCGAUCGUAUGAUGCCAUGAUAACAUCUGUAAAUUAUGUAAUAUGGGGAAAACGCUCGAACAAUUGUUCUUUGAGUACUACCGAAACACGUAAGCCUAAUGCCGGCAGCAGAUACUCAAAGAACUGACCAUAAGGUCACCCCCAGCUCCAUUUAAUGGGUUCCGUCACAACAAAAAGUGGCCUAAAUUUUCAACCAUUCGGAGGGAAAUGGGUUGGCACUGUAUUACAGUGUCAAGUUGGAACCUAGUGAAAGAUGAGUAAUCCUAUGUUUUCUUUCUUAAAACGUAGUACAACUAGAACACUUUCUUUGAUGGGCCUUUCAUGAAACCAGCUUGUUGCAAUAUUAAAUGUAUUCGUUUAUAUUUUUACAUACAUGUACAUUGGUCUCUUGUGCCGUAUAGCUGUGAACAAGAUCACUUUUGUAAAAUGCUGUUACUUGUAGAAAAGAUUUUUAAGGUUAAACAUGUUCCGUGCAUAGCGUGUAGAUCCGUUUUCACCCCCUAAUUGUAAGUUUGGCUUGUGUCUCGUAUAUAUCCCAAUC